AUGUCAGGAAUGUAUGAACGACGAAUUGGACCAUCAGCUCUAUCAGCGCCUUAUGUGAGAGAGGAACAAAUAGAAUUCAACGAAAUUGAUCAGAAUGACGCAAGCUCGUUGAACGCACCAAUUCAAGAAGUGAGAAGGGAACAAACAAGUAUAGGAAAUAUGCCGAAGAAAAUCUGGCGUGCGAGGUAUCAAAAUGAAUCGUCCAACGGGAGAUAUCAAAAUGAAACGUCCAACAUCCAAACAAUCGAAAGGAAACAGUCCAAAGGAAAGAAAGGUAACAUCAAAAGGAAACAUCCAGAGCGUUCGACUCACAUAGGUAAGAAGCGGUUCAAAUGCGAAACAUGUCUGGUGAGCUUGGCUUAUCCAUCGCAUUUGCUUAAACAUAUGAGGGUUCAUACCGGUGAAAAGCCGUUUUUCUUGUCCGGAAUAUAUGACGAAUUUCACCGAGAAAGGGAGUUUGCUUGA